UAGAAGACGCUGUUUGUUGUUUGAAAAAAGUUAUUGGUCGUUUCCCAGAUAUAACAGCGAGAGAACUGGCACAGGUAGUUGGAAAAAUCAUUUCCAUGAAACCAGUAAUGGAUAUAUUUAAAGUGGGCAGAUGGAUGGGCAUUAACAACGAAAGUAAAGAUCGCCGUCUUGAGGAACUCGCAUCAGAACUACCUCGAUAUUGUAUAAAUUCCAAGGCUGACAACACAGCAAAACAAUACAGGUACGCUUUUAACACCUUUUGCAAAUGGUGUAACAGCUUUAAUCCUGUGAUUACUCCUCUUCCUGCUUCGGAAACCAACGUUGCAUUGUAUAUCAUUCAUUUGGCAAAGCAAUACAAAUCAUCGGGGAAAAUUCAUUCAGCUGCGCAUGCUAUUAGCUGGGCACAUAGCCUAGCAGGCUAUGUAGACCCAUGUGAUUCUAUCCUCGUCAAAAAUAUUAAGGAGGGGGCAAUCAGAGAAACAUCAAAACCUGUGACCAAAAAAGAACCUAUUACGUCAGAACAUUUGAAGGCCCUGGUUUCUACAUUUGGAAAGAAUGACAAUUUGUAUAAUUUGAGGACGUUGUGUAUGUGUUUUUUAGGUUUUGCUGGGUUCCUGAGAUUCUCAGAAAUUGUAAAUAUUCGUUAUUUAGAUAUAUGUUUACAGAAUAAUUGUGUGGAAAUUAACAUUGUUAAAAGCAAGACAGAUGUGUAUAAAACUGGUCAAAAAGUUUGUAUAGCUAGAACAUUCUGUGACACAUGUCCUGUAAAUAUCUUAGAAAAGUUCUUAAGAUUGUCAAAUGCUGACAUGCAUUCUUCUCAAUACUUGUUUAGAUCGGUGUCUUUUUGUAAAAAGUCUAAUUCUUAUAGACUUAGAACGGAUAAUCGUCCGAUUUCAUAUACAAGAGCAAGGGAGAUAAUAUUGGACGCACUAGAAAAGAUUGGUUUAGAGAAGUCAAAAUUUGGUGUACAUAGUUUAAGAUCGGGCGGUGCUACUUCUGCAGCAGCCGCAGGGGUUUGUGAUAGACUGUUUAAAAAGCAUGGGCGGUGGCGGUCGGAUAGGGCAAAAGAUGGCUAUGUGAAAGAAAAUUUAUCUGAAAAACUUAAAGUCACAAAAAAUCUUGGCAUUUAGCGAGUUUUCUUUUCUUCUUUAUCUUCG